GUGUAAUUUGAUGCGCCAUACCAUACAUAAUCUGUGGAAGGUUGGCGAACAUUUACUCUGUAAAAUAUGAACAAUUCUGGCGAGGAAACGAUUGAAAUGGCGAAAGCCGAUCAGCUUCAAGUUGAAGAAAGCUCAGAUGGAUCGAAGUCUACAGAACGAGGAAUCUGUUAUUACUUAGUGACCAUCUUGUCUUUCUUGUUGUUUAUUAUUACUUGCCCUUUGAGUAUUUUCUUUUGUUUGAAGAUUGUUCAAGAGUAUGAAAGAGCUGUUAUCUUCAGGCUUGGAAGGCUUCUUCCUGGUGGUGCAAAGGGUCCAGGUAUAUUCUUCAUUCUUCCCUGCAUUGACACCUACAGGAAAGUUGACCUCAGGGUUGUGUCCUUUGAUGUCCCUCCACAAGAGAUUCUAACUAAGGACAGUGUAACCGUUGCUGUUGAUGCUGUGGUCUACUUUAGAAUCUACAACGCUACUAUUUCCAUCACAAAUGUUGCAGAUGCCAAUCGCUCCACACGUCUUCUUGCUCAAACAACACUCAGGAAUGUCUUGGGUACAAAGAGUUUAAGUGAGAUUUUAUCAGAGAGAGACAACAUCAGUCAUAUCAUGCAGACAUCUCUUGAUGAGGCAACUGACCCAUGGGGAGUCAAAGUGGAGAGAGUUGAAGUUAAAGAUGUUCGUCUGCCACAACAGCUGCAGAGAGCUAUGGCAGCAGAAGCAGAGGCCACUCGUGAGGCCAGAGCUAAGGUCAUUGCUGCUGAUGGUGAAAUGAAUGCUUCCCGUUCUCUCAAAGAAGCUGCAGACAUUAUUGCUGAGAACCCUCAAGCAAUCCAACUGCGCUACCUACAAACACUGACUACCAUCUCUGCAGAGAAGAGUUCUACAAUCUUGUUCCCAUUGCCAAUAAAUUUCUUAUCAAGAUUAAUCCCUGAGAGAGGUAAGACAAGGUGAAGGGAGGAAAACUUUAUCAGAGCAAAAUCAAGAAAGUAAAUUUUAGAUCAUAACCAGGAAUCUAAAAAAAACAUUGCGCUGGCAUAUAUUAUAAAUGUUCAUUUAAAUUAGAUUUCAAAGAGUCACUAUAAUUAUCAUAAUUUUUACAGUGACUUUCAAAGGCCCAGUUUGCACCAUUAUGAUUAUGAUUUACACCAAAAUACUUCUAGUACCCAAAUACUUAGUAUCACCAUUAAACAAAUGUCAGACGGUUGAAAAAUCUAAUAUUAGCAUUUAAAGUGCUUAGAAAAGUGAGAUGGUCAGAGAUUCGAAAUGCACAAUACAAUUUAUAGAUUUUCUGUAAACUGAAAAUGGCUGCCUCCAGCCCUCACAGCCCCCAAAGCAUAAUGGUGCACACUGGGCCUUUAAAAUAGCACUACCAUUAGUUAAAAAACUGUUUUGACUUCCAAUCAAAAUUGUGGUUGUUGCUCCAUAUAGACCAAAACUAUUGACACUGCAAUAAAAAUGCUGCAUUCUCAGGCAUUCUUUGAAAAGAGAUCAUGUAAUGUUGAAAGACUUCUUCGUGGAGUUCAAACUCCAUGCUGAAACAAACCAAUUCAUUGAAGCUGAGUCAUUCACUAUUAGCGCUCAAACACAAUUUGGCUUGUCCAAUUUAGUUUCAUUUUGAUAUCCAAGAUGUGUUUGUAAUCUAUAAACCAACACAUUAAAUACAAAACCAUUUGCUCCGUGUUUGCUUUCGACCUUGACAGGAGAUAUAUUUAUUAUUAUUUGGCUAUUCUUAUUCUCAUAGGAGAAUGUUUCAGCCCRUUAUCUAUGUAGAUGUAAUAUAUCUAACCAAAAAGAGUUAAUACAGAUUUUGCAUUAUUAUAAAUUAGAUUUGUAUUUGUUCAAAUAUUAUAGAGUGCAUUUCAUAUGUCUAUGAAUAAAAUGUAGUUGUUACCUGUAAUCUAUCUCAUGGCGCAUAAAUAUGGACUUAAUGGCUUAUCAAUAAUAGUUCUUUUAAGGGAAUAUUAUAUUGUUUUCUUUGUUUCCUUCUAAAUUACUUGAUCUUGUUAAGUGAUAGGGUCUCAGUAGUCAGUAACUAUUUAUGUUUUAUUUUACAGACAUAUGGAAUGCAAUCUUUUGUUGAAUCUAAUCAAGAUGGGAUUAUGCAAAAUCAACUAUAUCAUAUUGACUUGACUUAAUUGAAUUAAUAAAAAGUGGUAGAGAAACA